CUGGAGUGGUCUCCAAUCAAAUCCAACGUGGCCGAGAGCACAUUUGCAUCAGCUCGCUGCGGACGACGAUGGUGCUCGUGCGACGCAAGGACAACCGGAAGGGCAAUGAGGCGGACAGCCUCGACGUCAUCUCGUCCAACAAGGGCGUGCGCUCUAUGAACAACAGCAUGACCGGUCGGUUCGCUGCCGACAUGCGCGUCCGCGUCGGCGGCUACGGCCGUCCGGACCAGACCUGGGGCGUCGACCAUCCGUGGCACAAGACGGGCGAAGCCGACCUCUUCCAGAUGAUUAGCGCCAAAGACAAGAUGGAAGACGGCGUUCUUCUCAAGGAGCAGCCCAAGUCGGAAGCGAAGGGCCUUAGCCGCGCGUCGCUCAAGCGCAAGAAGAAGCAGCAAAAGAAGGGCGGUGCGCCGGUCCCGGAGGACACCGCUGCCGAGCCCGAGGCCGACGACCAAGAAGAGAAGGCGGCGCCCACGCCCACGAAGAAGAAGUCGCUUUUCGACGACAGCGACGACGAGGACGACGAGCCCAAGCCGGUUGCCAAGAAGGCCAAGGUGGAAGGCAAGAAGCCGGAACCGAAGAAGCAAGAGCCGAAGAAGAAGGCGGCAAAGAAGGACGACAACCUCAACAAGCGGGAGAAGAAGAAGGCGGAGCUCGAGAAGCAGGCUGCCCAGGAAGACCUCAAGAUGCUUGUCACCGAGGCGCCUAAGUCGUUUGUCGAGCCGCUCGAUGUGCGGGAGGCGCUUGCGGCCGAGUACGAAGCCAAGACUGGUGUAGAGAUUACGACGCCGAGUGGUAUCACGCUCCGCGACCUCUCGAUCGGCCGCGGGAAGCUCCCGACGCCGGGCCAGAUGCUCACCGUGCGGUACCGCGGCUGCAUUGGCAGCAAGGGCGGCGCGAUCUUCGGCAAAGGCAUGCUUACCAUGAAGUUUGGCGAAGGCGCUGUGAUUCCUGGCUGGGAAGAAGGCAUGGCCACGAUGCGUGCGAGCGGGAAGCGCCACUUGACAAUCCCGCCGGAGCUUGCGUAUGGCGCAGCCGGCAAGGGCGACAAGAUCCCGCCCAACUCGACGCUCUUCUUCGACGUGGAGCUGGUCCGCAUUGGUCUUCGCCAGCGCGACGCGAUCACCGAGGCGGACGUGCCGCUCCCCAAGUCGUUUGUGCGCAAGCGCGUCGAGAAGAAGGAGUCGGAGAAGCAGCCGACGGCGGCGCCGGCCGACGCGAAAAAGAAGAAGCCCAAGCGCAUCAAGUAUUAGUAGACCAUUGUAAUAGCAUCAUCCAUUAUACCACGUCAAUGUGC